UCUCUCUCCCUUUUUUUUUUGCUCGCAAUUUGAUCUUGAUUUUGGUGCGAGAUUGUGGCGUUUGCUUUUUGUGUGGUUUAGUUUGGUUGUUGUUUGUUUGUUAAUUUUUCCUUUCCUUUUGAUGGGUUUUUGAGCGAGGGUAUAAGUCUGCAGUGCGGCGGUGAAGUUGGGGUGAUACUGUUUGGGCCUUUGAAAUGAUGAAUUUGUUCAAGAACGGGCUUUUUUGACUCACUUUUGUCUUUUUGAGUAGUAUGUAGUAUGGUUGUUGUUCUGUUAAUUUGUGGGAUUAUGCAAUUGAGGAAAAUGAACUCUUGCUGAUGAAUAUUGUUAUGUUGCUGAGAAUUUUGUGGAAAUUUCUGUUUUAGUAUGAGUUUGGGUCUGAAAAUAAUUAAAGGUAAGGAGGGGAUGACAUGAUGCUGGAAAAUUCAUUCAGAAGAGCUUUGGUGAAUCUAUUGAUUUGAGUAUAAUAUGUGGUAACGCAGAAUCUGGCAACUGAUGAGAUCAUGAAUUUUUAACUUAUAAGGCACUGGGGUUCAUGGAAAAACAAUCAUGAUGGAAGAUGGGAAUCAUGAAACCGAUUUGGAAAUAAACUAUCAUUCUGAAGGGAGCAUGGGAGAGAAACGAAAACGAGAAGGGAAGUUAAGGUCUAAAGUUUGGCAGCAUUUCACAAAGAUUAUGAAGGAGGAUGGAAGUUGUGAGAAAUGUCAGUGCAAUCACUGCCGGAAGCUGUUUACUUGUUCCAGCAGAAGUGGGACGACCCAUCUGCUCCGUCAUAUAACUGAUGGGAUUUGUCCUGUCUUUAAGAAAGAGAAGGAUAAGAUAGUUACAAUCUCGAGUUAUCCGGGAGGGGGAGUCGAGCAGAGAAGUAUCCUUCUACCAUGGAAAUUUGAGCAAGGGGUUGGCCAAUCCUCGACCCAAUGCAUGGAUGUUGAGAUUGAACCACUAUCCGAGAGGCAUACUGAGCUUGAAUCUCAUUCAUUCAAAAGAAGUGAGGAUGAUUUUGGAGGUCAAACAUCAUUGCCUUCACGUGGAAAACUUCCUCAGCAAUCUGCAUUGAAAUCUCAACCUAAAGGCGAGGUGUGGAUGAAUGAGUUCAGGAGUUGUGUAGCUAAGCUUGUGGAACUCACUAACGGAAAAAUUCCAGUGGGAUCUCUUCAGGCAUUGGCCGUCAGUGCUCCUGACUACUCAAUAUCUGCUGCUCUCAAGUGUUUGAACGAAAUGGAGGAUAUCCCCCAAUCGAGCGAGAUGUAUUUAGAUGCUUUUGAGAUUUUGAAGGAUGCGGAAGAAAGAGAGUGUUUCAUUUGUUUGCCCUCCGAACCUCGUAGACGAUGGCUACAACGGGUGCUACACCGUCGUCAUCCAUUGCGUUAUAGUUCUAAUAUAUAAUUGGAAUUGUGUUGUGCUUGCGAGAAAUCUUGCUCCUGGCUUCCAUGGGGGAGGUAGGUUCAGCACCCAAGGGGGCUAAAGCACAUUCCAUCACCUAACGUUUUUAUCCCGAAUAUACCUCUGCACUGGUCGAGCAAAAAAUUACCAGGAGAUGCCGGCUUUGAGUAAUGUAGUUUAAGGCGGUGGAUCAAAAGUGAAAAGACUGUGUAACAGUAGGUGUCUAUGUAUAGCUUCGAAUAUUCUGUAAUUCUUUCACAGUUGAGACUCCUCUUUUCGUUCUUUCUUACUCGUUUGAUUAUGAAGGCCUCGAGGCCGAGACAUAGAUUCUUGUAAUGUUGUACUCCUGCAUCAGUGACAUAAAGUAGAUCACUUCAUAAGUUGUUAACAUAAGAUUGGGACUCCUAUUCUAGUUCUUUGGAUACGAUGAGAUUUCAAUAUUCA